AUGCGUGAUCUCGUAAAGAAAGUAAGGAAAGAAAAUAAGUCAACUCAAAAAAAUGUUCAACUUUAUGAAGAAGGUGAUGAUGUUAGUGAUGAUAAUAAGGAGGAGGAUGAUGAACAAUCGAAAGAUUUUGUGGAUUUUUUGGAUAGCGUUAACGAUUCAAUUAAUUUUGAGCAAACAGACCAAGACGUUGAUGAUACAACUAUUCAGACAAAUGAUAUUUUCGAAAUUCAAAAUUUGUUAUUUAGCAGAAAUGAGUCAUCCAAAAAUAAUGAAGAUGACCUUUUUAUAGGAAAUGUUCUGAAUAUGCAAUUUUUUGCUAAUAAGUCAAAAAAAAAGUAG